GCCCCACCCCCUCUGCACCAUAUAAAAUGACUACUUGACUGUGACUACUUUCACAUUCUGGAACAUCAACCUGAAGCUAUGUCCAUGUUGAAAAGGUCAGUGUUUAUGGGGUUCUUCCUGUUGGCUCUCAUUCCCCUGAAUGAUGCAGCCUGCUGGCAGGGAAAGUAUGAAGGAGAAAACUGUAUAGAUAAGGUGGAUAAGACCUCGCACUCUGUGGGAUCCUUCUGGACAAACAGCAAAUGUCAUAAGUGCACAUGUGAUGAGAAUGGUUUCAGCUGUUGUUAUGGAUUACCAACAUCUAUAAAAUACCCUGAAGACUGCACUGUGGAGUACGAUUAUACCACAUGUACUUACAAAGUCUUCAAAAAGAAUGACCGCACAAGCCCAUGCUCUCACAGUGCUGUUGGGAAGUGAUUAUCAGAGGCAGAAAAUAAAGGCAGAAUUUAGUAAUUCUGUACAUUUAUCAAUCUAGCAUUUAUGUACAAUCAAGUCUUGAAAAAUGUACAUUAAAUCAAAAUCCUCUCAA